AUGGCAGCUCCAAUGCAACAGCUCGCACAGGCAUGUCUUCCAGCAUACACAUGUCCUACUGGGACCAAGAUGUACUUACUGAACCUGGGCACAUUGAACGUUGACGACGCCUGGCUCCUUCUAGGCGCUAAUGGAAGCUCGGCGAGUAAUCCGAAUCCCCCCAGCAAGAGAAGGGACUUGAUGUUGAUUGCCGGGCUCAUCGACCACCCGGAGAUGGGAUUGGUGCUAUUUGAAACAGGAAGUGCAGAGGAUGUACAGAGACAAUGGGGUCCAGAUGCAGUAGACCUGUUCCCACGGACACAAUACGAAGAACGCCAUCGCCUACCGGCUGCCAUUGAGGCCGUCGGAUAUAAUAUCAAAGACGUGAAAGCGGUAAUCAUGGGACAUUUACACUUGGAUCAUGCAGGUGGGCUGGAACAUUUUAAAAAUACCGGAGUGCCCGUAUAUGUCCAUGAAGAAGAAUUCAAGCACGCUUGCUGGGCGGCAGGGACGAACUCGGACGUUGGCCUGUACCUCGGCGAUUACCUCAAGCUAGAUAAUACGCUGAACUGGCAGACCUUCAACGACGCCCAGCUGGAUCUCUGCACCGGGGUCACCCUGUAUCACUGUCCCGGCCACACCCCUGGCCUCUGCAUUAUGCAGGUGAAUCUUGCGCAGGAUGGGACCUUUAUCUGGACCACCGAUCAGUAUCAUAUACGAGAAAACUACGAAUUAGAUCAAGCCCAUGGGUGGCUGCUGAGAGAUUAUCGGAAGUGGGUAGAGAGUGGGAAGUUCAUUCGGCGUUUACAAAGGCUGUUCUCCGCUCGUCUGAUAUUCGGCCAUGACUAUGAGACUGCAGAGGAGCUGAUAAAGGCUAAGAAGGUGUACCAAUAG